UGCUCCCGGAAGCGGCAAGGAGCCUCCUGGCCUGAACUUGGCUGGAGGGUCAGAAAUGGAGGAGAUCGGCAUCCUGGUGGAGAAAGCGCAGGAUGAAAUUCCUGCUCUGAACAUCUCCAGGCCACAGACUGGCCUUUCCUUCUUAGUUCCAGAAGCUGAGGAUGUAGAAGAUCUCUACAGUCGUUACAAGAAACUGCAACAGGAACUGGAGUUUCUGGAGGUCCAGGAAGAGUAUAUCAAAGACGAGCAGAAGAACCUAAAAAAAGAGUUUCUCCAUGCCCAGGAGGAAGUCAAGCGCAUCCAGAGCAUCCCCCUGGUCAUUGGCCAGUUCCUGGAGGCUGUGGAUCAGAACACAGCCAUCGUGGGCUCCACCACAGGCUCCAAUUAUUACGUCCGGAUCUUGAGCACCAUCGACCGGGAGCUGCUCAAGCCCAAUGCCUCGGUGGCCCUGCAUAAACAUAGCAAUGCCUUGGUGGACGUGCUGCCCCCUGAGGCUGACAGCAGUAUCAUGAUGCUCACUUCAGAUCAGAAACCGGAUGUGAUGUAUGCUGAUAUUGGUGGGAUGGAUAUUCAAAAACAGGAAGUCAGGGAGGCUGUGGAGCUGCCCCUCACCCACUUUGAACUCUACAAGCAGAUCGGCAUUGACCCUCCACGGGGUGUACUGAUGUAUGGGCCCCCUGGAUGUGGAAAGACUAUGUUGGCCAAAGCUGUGGCCCACCACACCACAGCUGCCUUCAUUCGAGUGGUGGGAUCCGAGUUUGUGCAGAAGUACCUGGGCGAGGGGCCCCGCAUGGUGCGCGACGUCUUCCGCCUGGCCAAAGAGAAUGCCCCGGCCAUCAUCUUCAUCGACGAGAUUGAUGCCAUCGCCACCAAGCGCUUUGACGCACAGACAGGCGCGGACAGGGAGGUUCAGCGCAUCUUGCUGGAGCUGCUCAACCAGAUGGAUGGUUUUGACCAGAAUGUUAAUGUCAAGGUGAUAAUGGCCACAAACCGAGCUGACACACUUGACCCUGCUCUACUCCGGCCGGGCCGCCUGGACCGUAAAAUUGAGUUUCCUCUGCCCGACCGACGCCAGAAACGAUUGAUCUUCUCUACCAUUACCAGCAAGAUGAACCUGUCUGAGGAAGUGGAUUUGGAAGACUAUGUUGCUCGACCAGACAAGAUCUCAGGUGCCGACAUCAACUCGAUCUGCCAGGAGGCUGGAAUGCUGGCUGUACGGGAGAACCGCUACAUCGUCUUGGCCAAGGACUUCGAGAAGGCCUACAAAACCGUCAUCAAGAAGGAUGAACAGGAACACGAGUUCUACAAAUAAAAUUGGGGGAAGCCAGAUGGAGCUCGGAUGGUUGUCUCAGUCCUUCGUGGGGUGGGGGUGGGGUGUUAUUUUGUGUGCCCUUGGUGUUCCGAGGAAUGAAUAAACAAUUACCCAGGA